CACGGGAAUUUUGGGAAAUCCUACAGGAAUUCCCGAAUGCUCCCCUACAAUCCCCAAGAACACUUACAUACAUAGACAUAGCAAGUUUCGUGUUUCUAUGCCCAUUAGUUUCGAUUAUGCGUAAUUGUCUAUAGUAUUGUGUAGUGUUGUAGUUUAUAUCUCGAAAAUACUUUGGUCAAACGGUUUGAUGGUCAAUGGCGCCUGAUAAAGAUAGCGCUACAUUGUAUAAAUGUAAGUAACAUAUUUACGCGGGUAACACCGCGGGGUGCAACUAGUACGGGAAUAAAAAGUUUCGAAAUUGUUCAUUCCCUUUAUAACAGGGAUCGGUAACAAUCACUCCUCCCUUUAAAUAAAUUAAAUGAUGCCUUUUAAAUUGGAAUAGUUAACAACUACAUACAUAAAUGUGUCAGUCAAUAAAAUCUAUGAUAUUUUGUUUCCCUGUAUCUACAGUAGAGGGUACAGUACAUAAUAUUUGACUUGUCUCCAAUUUCAAUAACUUUCGAUAAAUUUAAAUACUACUGUACUGUACAAAAUUAUUAGUCUUACCAAAACCCUAAAUCACGCUUUUUACGUGUUGAUAAAAUCUAAUACUAAAAAUGGUAAUGUGAGCGCGUAUGAAACCAGCCUCAGGCUUCAGCAAUCAUCAAACAAGCAGUAAUUGCAGCGCAUUACACAAACCCCGCCACAGUCAAUGCGAAGUGCACUCGCCGUCACGUGCACUUAUGUCGUUGCUAACCAUACACCUGAACCCACAUUUACUUGAUCAUUAGUAUUUCCAGACGAUGUGAAACAUUAGUUUGCUUUAGGUACAUUCAGGAUUGAAAGUAUGUAAUCCUUAUCUUUUAUUUGUAUUUUCAAAAUCAUGGAUAAAUAUUUUAAUAUAUUUAAUAUAUCGUCGAACAUGUAGAUAGAGCCUCUUUCUGAUUCCCACAUGUACCCGGUCGUGUUCGAGGCUGUGACGACACGAAGCACGCUCAGCGCAAAAAUAACCUUAAGGUUUUUGAAAAUUCGAUGCUGCUGCGAUUUUAUAACUUGUCGCCUGCCUGAUGUAAUCUUUGGGAAAGCUAUUGUAUGUGUCAUACCUCGUAUGACGUCCACGGGAGGAUAUAACCACACACUACAAUACAUGUAGAAAGAAACUAUGUGUUUGCUAUGACAUUCAUUGGUGCAGAAUCCAAAAUCAGUAAGCAUGGGGAACACAGCAGAUAUUCCGAAUGACCAUGUUCUUCUUAGCGCGGCGACUCGACGAAUUAUAUUUGUGAAGAUCAAUAUGAUGCCAUCGAUACAGCAGUAUCUGUGUCACACUGAUCCUUCAGCGUGCAGGAGCAGUGUGGGAGCAAGAUGGAGUCGAAAGAAAACGGAGAAAAAGGAGAGAGACGAAUAAACUUGGACGACAUCCUAAUAAACGAACUGGGACAGUUAGGUCCUUUCCAAAUCCGGACUUUGCUGUUGAUCCUGAUUUCUGUGAUCUUCGGGUCGUGGGCCGCCAAUGAGUACGUCUUCACCACCGCCAGGAUAAAUACAAGAUGCCUGAUCCCGGAAUGCGACGGCGCCCAGCCCGAGUUCUCCCCCGGAUGGCUGGAGAACGCCAUUCCGGGCACCGGGAGCUCGUUCGAGGGCUGCAAGCGGUUCCGCAGCGCCGGCAACUUCUCCCACCAGCCCGCCUGCCCCGCGCACGUGUUCGACAGGAACUAUACAAAAGGGUGUGAAGAACGCGUUUAUGAAAACACGCUUUCUGUGGUAUAUGAUUACGACCUCGGGUGCGACGAGUGGCGCCGCUCGAUGAUUGCCUCGCUGCGCACGCUGGGUUCGCUCGCCGCGCUGCCCGUCACCGGCCACAUUUCCGACCGCUUCGGUCGCCGCGUCGCGCUCGUCUUCAGCUCCUUCAACCUGGCCUGGCUCGGCGCCGUCAGAUACGUCGCCGGUACCUACAACGGCUUCCUCAUUUCCCAGCUAGUUGAGGCGACCUUUGGAUCUGGAGCGUUCUCUUGUGCUUAUGUUAUUGCCACUGAAAUAGUGGGUCCGAAAUACCGCGUGGCGGCGGGCGCGGUCAUUAGCACGUUCUUCUCCGUGGGCCAGAUCCUCAUGGGGCUCAUCGCGUGGGCGGUGCCUCACUGGAGGAGCCUCACCCUCGUGCUGUACGUCCCACAAGUGAUCACACUCGCCUACCUGUGGGCCAUCUCCGAGUGUGUACGCUGGUACUUGAGCAAAGGCCAUUACGACAAAGCCGAAAAAGUACUAAAAAAAAUUGCUGAAGUCAAUAAACGUGAGCUCACAGAGAAAUCCUUAGCCGCAUUGAGAGCGACCGCCGAGAAAGAAAUGCAAGAGGCAUUGAUUAAUAAGACAGAGAAAGCGAAAGAACCCUGGCUGGUGGUGCAGGUGUUAAGGAAUAAAAAGAUUUUGCUGCGAUGCGUGGUCUCUCCAAUUUGGUGGAUUGCAGUCACGUUUAUUUACAACGGAAUGGCUCUAAACGCAGUGAACAUGUCAGGGAACCCAUACCUGAACUACAUGGCAGUGUCAUCAGCUCAAAUCCCCGGCUACUGGGCAGCGGUGCUGCUGCUAGGGCGCUUGGGAAGACGACCAGUCCUGAUUAUGGCGUUUUGGAUUGGGGCUGCCUGUCAGAUAACAUAUAUAUUUAUGCCUGGAGAUAAGCCCGGUGCGUCGUUGGCAGUGUACUUGAUAGGCACAUGCAGCAGUGCCAUGACGAUGACGGCCGUGUACGUGUACACACUGGAGCUGUACCCGACGCGGUACAGACACUCCUUGUUCGCAUUCUCCUCGAUGAUUGGACGUUUUGGUGCUAUUCUGGCGCCACUCACGCCGGCUCUUAGCGCGGCAGUGUGGGACAAGCUUCCCUUCGCGCUGUUUGGAGCACUAGCCUUGCUGUCAGGGGCGCUCAUCUUUCUCACACCAGAGACCCUGGGGGUCGCUCUGCCGGACACCUUGGAGCAGGCCACGGAAAUCGGCAACCCGAAAAAUAAGCGCGCUGCCAUUUAGCUUAGGAGAAUUUUUAUUCUGGGCUGUGACGUUUAGAUUGAGCUGUACACUCAUAUUGUGAUUAUGACAGAAUUGGUUUUUAUGAAUGUUUACGUGCCUUAGCCAUGUUAGACAUACUGAAGCAGGUAGUAGCUAUUAUUAUCUCUGUUAAAAGUUAGAUUUUCUGGGAAAACAUUUUCAUUUAAUAGAUAGGUAGUGUAUUGUAUACCUAGUAAAUCAUUGUGAAUUUGUGUCAGAAAGAAUAAAUUCAUAACUAACUAAAUACCUACAAAAUGCUUGCCUACCUACUUAUUGGAUACUUACCUUGUAUUUAUAAUAUUUACAUUAGGUAUAUUAUUUUGUUUAGUGAGUGAUGUGUUACUCGUAAAUGAAAGAAGACUAGGAAAAUUUGGUCAACUUCCCGCUUAAAGCAGAAUUAGUAUCUACUGAAAAAAUGGGAAAUAUCUUAGUUAUCCUGCACAUCUCCCAAUAUUCCUUUCUAUCCUAAAAUUAAAUCACACAGAUUUUACGGGAUACUAUACAUACACAAUACAAUAUUUUGUGAUGUCAUUGAGGUCAGUUUUGUAUUAAAUGAAAAGAAACUCAAACUCGUCAAAUUUAAAUAUUUAUUGCAUUAAAAAUAUCUUUCUUAUUUAUUUUAUUGUAAUCAUCUUAGUUAUAUACUUUUUUAUACUUAGUGCGACGAUGGAGUUAUUGAGAUUUUUAAUUUUUGAGAUUAACAUAUUCGAGGGGAGUUAAUAAUAAAUAAACGUGAAUAAGAUAUCAAUAGACAACAGAUUCAAAGGAUCUAAGCGUUGAAUGUCCAAGUAAAUCAUUUUCCCAUUUUAUUUGUACAGUUGUUUUGAUUGUUUGUACUUAAAAUGAUUAUAAAAUAUUCAACAACUGAGCAUUUAAUAAGAUGACAUAUCAAAUAAAAAUAUGAAUCGCAAGUUGAGAUUUUGAGAAUUUUAUGAUAUCCAGCGAAACAUUGAAUGCCACACAGGGAAAAU